UGACGCAUGCGCAUGUCACCUCGGACGUGAAAUUUGAAAGUUGUUGAUAUUUUCCGAGUUGGAUGAUCAAUCUUUGAAAACAUCAGGCUCCUUCAACCAUGUCGUCCAGAUUAGGAGGUAGGUCCUCUCCCAUCUCGCCUGUCCUGUUCCUGACGGUAGACGGUGAACCCAUGAGAUUCUUCCUACGUCCCGGUCCCACCAAGGUUCGACUGCAGCCCGUCAUCAAGGCUGGUGGAGGCCUGGUGUGCAGGGCCCAGGAGCCUGGGGCUUUCCUACUGAUUGACCCAGAGGAGAUGGGGUCCGUUGCGGGUUCGGCAGCCCACUGGUACGUGUCCACCCAGUACAUCCGGGACUGCAUGGAGAAGAAUCAGCAGCUGGAGGUGGAGGAUUACCGCUUCAAGCCCGACAACGUGAAGGCGAACGUCCAGACCAGGUCAGCGAAACAGAGCGUAGGUAGUAUCGGACGAAUGGGCUACACUCCGGAGGAGGAUAAGGCCAUUAUGACGUACAUCUGUGAGCACAAGCGUGAGUCGCAUGGGAACAAGGUAUGGCAGGAGAUGGCGAAGAAUGGUCUGACCUGUCACAGCUGGCAGUCGAUGAAGGACCGUUACCUUAAACAGCUCGUUAAAAGACAACCUGAGCCUCGGGACGGCAGGGGAAGGAACAAAACUGUCAUUACUGCUGCUUCGGAGGAGAAAGGAGGGAACUCGUUUGAGAAAGAGAGAGAGAAAGACAUCCCACCACUGACUUCCUCACUUCAGAAAGACUCUCGACAGCCUGAUAUUAUUAUGCCGUUGGCCCAAGAGUCAGACGCCUCAAAGACUUCCUCUGAAUCCAAACUCCCUCGGGCAUCAUCAUCAUCAUCAUCAUCAUCAGACACUGGUCUCCAACUCCCACAGAAGUCCCCUCAGAAAGACCAGGCUCGGUGCUGUCCUGAAGGACUGGGAACAGAGGAAUCAACUGUGGAACCAGAGAGAGAUCCCUCGACCCAGCUAGAACCACCAGCAGACCCUGCCCAGUCUGACACUACAACAUCCCAGCUGGUCCCUUCUAAGAGACUCCACCAGCCCUCUCCUCCUGGGGGCAAACACACACAUCCCCAGACUGAGGAGGCAGCAGCCACCCCCUCACUUAAUAAAAGAGCCAGGUUAAAUAGUGGAGCAGUGGUGGUGGUCUUGGAGAAAAGGGAUUCAGCUGUUAAGUCAGGAGAGAAGGCAACAAGCUCCAACACGACAGAGGGGCAGCUGGGAAAGAAAAAGGCCAACAAGCGGAAACUGGGCAUCCUCGAGAGUGCAGUGAGAGAAUUCGAGGGGUCAGAUGAGUCAGGGAAUGAGGAUGACGAUGAUACUCCAGACCUGGCUGAGAUUGCUGGCCCUGCACCAGUCCGGGAGACUCAGACACCAGUAGCUGCCACCCAGACAGAGAAUAGCUCUGCUCAGAUACAGCCCCAGCCUGCUGCCCAAGUGAAGAGCUCAGAGACCCAGCCUGAGGGCCAACUACCUGAGGCCACUAGUCCCGCAAUGAGUGGGUCGGCCCCAAAUGCACCAACGGUCCCAAAUGCACCUGCAACGAGUAUCCAUGUCCCGAAAGACCCUGCUAUCCCGUCCACUUCGACAGUUCCUCACCUGUUCCUGUUUGAGCGUGACUCCCAACAGGCGGAGGAAGAGGAGCCUUCCCAGCCCUUCACCCAACUCCAGCUCCAGGAGGCCAAGCGGCUGGUCCUCAGCCUGAUGAGGGAAUCCAAACUGGGGCUGGUCGCUGUCACCAAGGCGCUCCUGAAAAACAGUGGAGAUGUCUCCGCUGCCCUGAGAGACCCACUGAUGAUGCCUAACGUAGGGAACGGGGUUCAGCAGGGCCCUCAAUGGGAACGUCAUGACGACCGCCUGCUGCUGUCAGCUGAUCCUUCGGAACUCCAGAACAAGUUUGGGGAAGAGGGAGUGGCCAAGAGGAUGGCUUUCCUCUAUGCAGAGUGACACUGGGGGGGGUUCAAUAGUAUGCAACAUGGUGCGACCUUUAGUUCUGAACAACACGUUUCCACCCCCAC